AUGGGCCAAUCCAUCCUCCUAAUCAACGGGCCCAACCUCAACCUCCUGGGCACCCGCGAACCCCAUAUCUACGGCCACACCACCCUGAAGGACCUGGAGGCAAGCUGCAAGGAGCAUGCCCAGUCUCUAGGAGCUGAUUUGCAGUCCUUCCAGUCCAACACAGAGGGUUCCAUCAUCGACCGCAUUCAUGAAGCGAGGGGCAAGAUCAACGUUAUAAUCAUCAACCCUGCUGGAUACACACACACAAGCGUCGCCAUCCGGGACGCCCUAGCUGGGGUAGAUAUUCCGUUCAUUGAGUUGCACAUCAGCAAUACGCACACAAGGGAGAAGUUUCGGCAUCACAGCUACCUUAGCGAUAAGGCGGCGGCGGUGAUCAUGGGGUUUGGGGUGCAUGGGUAUAAAUAUGCCAUUGAUCAUGCUGUGAGGAAUUUGUAG